CUGCCGCACACAACAGAAUGUUUCCCUCAUACCGAGGUGUCCGUUAGCUCCCGAGGCUGCUCAUGAGUCGAGAUAAGACAAAAUGAACUUCACCGUUUACGGUGUCGAAGCGGCAAAAAACUUCAAAACGAACUGAUUUCAGACACAUUAGAAUGCUGCAUGCCCCGCGAGCAUCACCGUGAGUACAGAAAGAAACGCAAGAAACAAUAACACCGGUACUGUUUCCAAAAUGUGUCGGACUCAUACACACACCGGAACUGAAAAGGUACAGAAACAACAGGUGAACCCGAAACUGGACGCGAUGACAAACGAUCUAGAUAAAAAUCCCAAUGAUGGUCAAUCACGCUGGAAAACGCGUGAGUUGCUACAGGACGGAGCCAAGGAUCUGCGUCGUGUGUCCGACACCAAACCUCAUCAAGACGUGCUGCGAGAGGAGAAAAUCCGGAUGGUCCCCAUAGCGGAGGUGAAAGGUGUUGGAGUGGGACCAAAAGCGCUCACAUAUGCGACGAAGGUGAUCAUGCAGUGUCUGCAGCUUCUUUACGUGCUGCUGAGGAUGGAGCUGCAGUCUCAAAUUCUAAUGCAGAAUCCCCCCGGCCUGCCCGGUAUUGCCGUGGCCUGGUUCGUGUGCGUCCUGCGUGGCAGCAGGUUCAUCGUCGACUGGCACAACUACGGCUACACCAUCAUGGCCCUGAGUCACGGCCAGAGACACCCAGUGGUCCGACUGGCGAAGUGGUACGAGCACUUCUUCGGCCCUCUGGCGACUCACAACCUGUGUGUUACCAACGCGAUGAAGGACGACUUGCAGAAAAACUGGGGCAUCAAGGCGACGACUCUGUACGACAGACCCGCCUCCAUCUUCAGAGAGGCUCCACUGAAGCUGCAGCACGAGCUCUUCAUGAGACUGGCCAACACCUAUCCUCAGUUCCAGCACGGAGGGUCGGAGGAUGUGGAGGUGGAGCGGACGAUCUUCUCGGCUCGCGAUCUCGCCGACAACUCGGUGACCUUGGGGACGGAGCGACCGGCGCUGCUGCUCAGCAGCACCAGCUGGACGGAGGAUGAAGAUUUCUCCAUCCUGCUGAAGGCCCUUGAAGAGUACGAAGGUUUCAUUAAAGAAGGAGCUUCGUUACCACCUUUAGUCUGUGCGAUCACAGGUAAAGGCCCUCAGAAAGAGCACUACAGGAAGCUGAUAGACUCUCUGCAUUUAGAACAUGUGAAGAUCUGCACUCCCUGGCUGGAGGCAGAAGACUAUCCUGUUUUAUUAGGCUCAGCCGACCUGGGCGUGUGUCUCCACAAGUCGUCCAGCGGUCUGGACCUGCCCAUGAAGGUGGUGGACAUGUUCGGCUGCUGUCUGCCCGUCUGUGCCAUCCACUUUGACUGUUUACAUGAGCUGGUGAAACACGAGGAGAACGGGCUGAUCUUCAGAGACUCUCGGGAGCUUGCCGAGCAGCUGGAGUCUCUCCUGUCAGAGUUUCCCAGUUCAGAAGGCCGACUGGGUUUGUUCAGGAGGAACCUCCGCACCAGCAGAGGGCAGCGCUGGGAUGACAACUGGGACCAGAACGUCCUGCCCCUCAUCACCGCCCCGAGAUAAACACCAGGUUCGGUUUUAUAGGCACCAGUAGCAGAAGUUCCAGACGAGGAUACGUGAAACUCUCUGCCUUGACUUCAUUCUUGGCAGUGAACUGUUCAGUUCAGGCCUGUGUUUGAGUACUUUUGAACGGGGCCGUGAAGCACAGGGAAGUCGUGUUAGAAUAUCUGGAACAACUUUUCUUUGAUGCCUCAUAGUGAUAAAGAUAAAUCCAGUGGGUUUUUUCUACUUCGGAGCACUUGAAUGUAUAAAAGAAACUCUGAUACGAUGUACAUUUGUAAAUAAAAUCUUUAUUGCGCUGCA